AUGCGACCCUUGCUUUGUGGCUUCUUGGCCUUGCUAGGACCCGCGCUUUCUGGCAAGCGAGAUACACGUUCAUCACUAGGUUCACGAUGGACGAAACGCUCUCGAGUCGACAGCCGGUCCUUUCUUCCCGUGCGCAUUGGAAUUGCCCAGUCGAAUCUUGAAGCCGCCCACGAUCACCUCAUGCGGAUUUCCGACCCUACCUCACCUGAUUACGGCAAGCACUGGACUUCUGACCAAGUAAUUGAAUUUUUCAAACCUUCCAAUGAGGCAGUCGACCAGGUCACCAAGUGGCUGCACGAGAAUGGCAUCGGUUCUGUCACUCACUCUGAUAACAAAGGCUGGCUCGCAUUCGACGCCCCAACCUCCAUGGUCGAAGCACUUUUGCAUACUGAAUACUUUGAGCACCACGACUCCGUCACAGGUGGCGUGAUGCCUGCAUGCGAUGAGUACCAUGUGCCAAAGGAGAUACAGCACCAUAUCGACUACAUCACCCCGGGUGUAAAGCUGAUGGCCCCAAUCUCUGCCGAGGCGCAAGGUACCAUGCAUGAGAAAGUCAAGAGAACUUCUGUGGCCAACAGCAGCCUGGAUAAUUGCGGCGAUUCAGUCACACCCCAAUGUGUCGCCGCUCUCUACGACAUUCCUCCAGGCAACAAGUCGGAUCCAUCGAAUACUUUGGGUAUCUACGAGACGAAUCUACAGUUCUGGGACCAAGAAGAUCUGGAUAAUUUCUUCGAAACGUACAGUCCACAGAUUCCGCAAGGAACACAUCCCACGGACGACUUGAUCGAUGGAGGGAUUGCAGAGACGGAAGAUGCGCUCGUGCCUCUAUAUGAUGGGGCAGAGGCCCUGCUGGAUCUUGCCCUGGCAUAUCCGAUCAUUUGGCCUCAGGGUAUCACAGUCUACGACUCUGAUGACGCCCGAAUCCAGGCUUGGUACAAUAACACAUGGACAUGGGGUUUCAACACAUUUCUCGAUGCGAUAGAUGGCAGUUACUGUACCUACACUGCGUACAACGAAACAGGAGACUUGGUCGGCCUCGAUCCAACGUAUCCUGAUCCUUUGCCUGAUGGAUAUAACGGCACUCUGCAGUGCGGCGUCUUUGAGCCCACGAAUGUCAUCUCCCUGUCUUAUGGAGGCACGGAAGCUGCUGUUCCUAUUGCAUAUCAGAAGCGCCAGUGCAACGAGUACAUGAAGCUCGGUCUGCAGGGCAUCACGUUUGUUUUUGCCUCGGGCGAUAAUGGCGUUGCCGAGCGAGUUCGAUUUACAGACGCAGAGGCUACCUGCAUUGGACCAGAAGGUCUGAUCUUCAACCCAUCAUGGCCAUCCACCUGCCCGUACGUCACCAGUGUUGGUGCUACCUACAUUCCCCAAGGCCAGACCAUUUACGACCCCGAGUCGGCUGCGAUCUUCGGGGACGACCCCGAUGAUACCUCGGGAGGUGGUUUCUCGAACGUCUAUGGCAUGCCAGAAUACCAGAAGAACGCCACAGAGGUGUACUUUGCCGAGCACUCUCCAGACUACCCAUACUACAGCGGUCUGGUCGCAAACGCAAACAACCCUGUCUUACCUAAUGUCACGGCACUAGCUGGCAAUACGGGAGGCCGAUACAAUCGGAUCGGGCGUGGCUAUCCUGAUGUGUCCGCGAUCGGAAACAACAUCACCAUUAGUGUCUAUGAUUACUUCUUUAAUUAUGCAGGGACGUCAGCAUCCACGCCCAUCUUCGCCUCGAUCAUAAACCGGAUCAACGAAGAGCGGAUCGCCAUCGGCAAAACCCCUGUAGGAUUCAUCAAUCCGACGUUAUAUGCGAAUCCACAAAUGUUCCAUGAUAUUACCAGCGGUAGUAAUGCAGGUUGUGACGGUGGAGGCUUUGAGGCAGUGCAAGGUUGGGACCCUGUUACUGGACUCGGGACACCUGACUAUCCCAGCAUGCUGGAGGUGUUUUUGGACUUGCCCUGAGCUGGUGUUGGGAGUUGAUAUGGGUAUUGGGGUGGACGCAACUCUUUAACGCUUGCAUUUCUGUUAAGCCAACGUCUGCCACGUAGCGAAGCUUGCUCUACAUUUCUCUGAUGCUUGAUUGUCUCAUCCCCCUCUCGCCUUUCUCGUUCUUUUGUUCUUUCCUUCUUUUCUCCCCUACCGUUGAGUGGUUGAGCACUACGGUGUUUAAUAUGAAAGGGAAAGCACUUGAGAUCUCCCUUACUCUUUAUUCAACAAUUAAUAGCUUUAAACGAGACUCAGUCCAUCGUCAGUAUCAUCACAACAUGAGUCCUCAAAGC